AUGAGGCUGAUUAUAAUGGACAAUGCAGACAAAGUUUCGGAAUGGGCUGCCAAAUAUGUGGCAAAGAGGAUAAGACACUUCAACCCAGGGCCCGAUAGAUAUUUUGUUUUGGGGUUACCCACAGGUGGAACGCCAUUAGGAAUGUACGAGUAUUUGAUCCAAUAUUACAGGGCUGGAGAUAUUUCAUUCAAGUACGUCAAGACGUUUAACAUGGAUGAAUACGUGGGAAUACCAAGAGAUCAUGUGGAGAGCUAUCAUUAUUAUAUGAUGACGAAUUUUUUCACGCACGUCGACAUAGAUCCGAAUAACGCACACAUCCUGGACGGCAACGCUGUAGACUUGCAUGCGGAGUGCAUGAAUUACGAACGGCUGAUAGAAGAGGCUGGUGGGGUUCAUCUAUUUAUUGGAGGCAUUGGUCCGGACGGUCAUAUAGCGUUCAACGAGCCCGGCUCGUCAUUGGCAUCUAAGACCCGAGUGAAGACUUUGGCUCGAGAGACAUUGGAGGCAAAUGCCAGGUUCUUCGACAACGACAUUGAGAAAGUCCCUAAACAGGCACUGACGGUUGGCGUAGGAACAGUUAUGAGUGCCGAAACGGUUAUGAUACUGAUCACGGGAUCACACAAGGCGUUCGCUCUGCAUAAAGCCAUUGAAGAAGGCGUCAAUCAUAUGUGGACCGUUUCGGCGUUCCAACAACAUCCAAAAACAAUCAUACUAUGUGACGAAGACGCUACAUUGGAAUUGAAAGUCAAGACUGUGAAAUAUUUUAAGGCUUUAGGUGCAGUUCAUGAAAAGCUCAUUGAAGACAACUCAGAUUCAUGA